GUUGAGCUUUCUUGUAUCAGUCUCAUAGUGACAGGUGAAGAGUAAGGAGUCGUUCAACAUGAUUCACGCAACGGGCAUCCCCUUCUUCAACCCUCUGCUCAGCAUGGGUGGCGUGCCCUUCCCGUGGGCACUUCCCACGCAAGGAUCACCUCCCAGCUCUCCCCCUUCGUCGCCCGUCUCCAGCACGAGCGUGUGGCAUCGGCCGCAACCCGCAAGGGCGGCUUCCUUCACCAUCGACGCCAUUCUAGGGCGCCAUCAGCAAGAGGCGGAACAAGUGAGUCGCUCCCUGGCCAUCCGCAGAGGAGACGAGCGCCACUCCCGCCCCGCUCCGUAUCCUUCGGUGAGCGGAGACCAGGGAGGUUCCGGCGGCGUUCCAUUCCAGCUCUCCUCCGGCGGGAGUUCUGCCAAGGCCAAAGUAAAACGCGUCCGAACGAUCUUCACCGCGGAACAAUUAGAGCGCCUCGAAGCCGAGUUCGCACGCCAGCAGUACAUGGUGGGACCGGAGCGCCUCUACCUGGCAGCCGCGCUCAACCUGACGGAGGCCCAAGUGAAAGUGUGGUUCCAAAACCGUAGAAUUAAGUGGCGCAAACAAUACAUGGAGCAACAGCACGCCAAACUGGCCGGUAACCAGGACUCCGCCAUCCACACAGAAGACUCCGGCGAGUCGCUCUCUCACGGAGACGACAGGAUAUCGCCCCUGGUUGAAAUUCCCCCAUCGCCAUCCAGUCCCUCGGCAUCGAAGGACGACCUCCAUGAAGACAACCCGAAGCAGCACCAGGAAACGCCCCACAAAAAGCAGCAACCGCAACCGCAACACGAGAUGCCGAGCUCACUCUCCUCCCUGGCCGGUGGGGCAUCCGCUUAUCCAUCAUACCUGGCGGCUACGCUGACGGCGGCCUACGCCGAACACCAAAGCGAACCUGCUGACCUAAGCACCACUCCCACGAGGACAAAGUGAACGGCGGACGCCUCGAGACCUUAAGGCGUCGGUAUGAUCUUCAUCAAACUCUGGGCUGAAUGGACCUCGGGAUGUCACGCCUCUGCAGCGUUGUUGAAAUUUCUCUCUCGACCACAGUGAAAUGUGAACUAACCCUGUCCCUUGAAAAUGAAGAGUCAAAUCCCCUUCUGAGGUGACGCAUCCCUACUGAGGUCUUCCAUUCCCUUUGGAGGUAAUUCGAGCGGAUCGCCACACCGGCUAACAAAUAGUCCGCCGCCGUCGGAACCCACACAGAAGUUUUCACUGUACGUGCCGUUGGGCUGGUAGCAGGAGAAAAAUCUUGUAAAGCACCAAAGCCAUCGAUCUAAGUGACUUUGCUGUGAAAAUGAUCCAGUGUCCUGACAAAAUUGGCAGCUGGAAAAUAAACAUAAAAGACUAUCAUAACAAUAAUGCCAUUAUAGUCGUAAGCUUUUGAAAAUGUAACAAGUAGAGAAAGUAUACCAGUUAAGUUACGAAAUUUUACGGAAAUGAAGUCCGUACCUUUAUUUAUGAAUCUUGUGAACUUCAAAGCAUUCCCAGUGAUACAAGUAAUAAACAGUGACAAUUGACAAAAUGUACAAGCCGUAUGUAUAUCCGUUAAGCAUUCCAGAUACAGCGUUGAAACAGUUCCUACAAAGGAGUGAGUGGGCGGUGACACACGGAGCAGCAGCUGUAUUCGAACUGUAUAUAUUGUAUUUUAUGUAAGAUUUCUUGUUAUAACAUACUGAUAAAAAAAAUUCCUGACAUUUCUUCCAAACACUGUAUUAUGGAUUCCAAGAUAGACGAUAAUCUAGUCUUUGUAAUAAAAAUAUUUAAGGUUUAAA